AUGGCGAAGCAAAAACCGGCGGCGCGCGUUCAGAAUAGACCCAUCUAUUCUCGAAUGUCUUACCUUUAUCAGGCUGCAGCAUUCCUCGCCCAACAGAACUUGAAUGGGGAGGCUGGCCCAAGCCGCAUUGGAGCUGCCGAUGCCGAAACAAAAACGCACGCAGGUGGCGCUAACGGUGUGAUGGCCCGCCGUCUAUUGUCAGAUCUCAGGGCCGUAUCGCUCAAGACCCAGAUCCGCAUCGAUCCCUCAAUCAAGCGGGCCGUGUCUCUGGGAGCUGCGGGAAGCGUGGCUCAGAGCAAAGAGGUCAAACGAAUGGUCUUCCAGCGCGCGUCGGAGCCCGCAAGUGUCGUGAGCAUACCGGCGAAGUGGACAACGGGCCGAAUUGCUCGGCUCGUUAAGCACAUGAGCUUUCGCCCAUAG